AUGCGCUGCGUCUCCUUCACCACAGCUUGCAUCGUACUGCUUGCAGCUUCGGCGUUCGCUGAUACUGGCGCUUCUACUUCAUACGAUCGGCGACACGCUUCUAAUGAGGUUCGACAUGGCCAUCGCGGCGUGCUGAGGCGGCUGAAACGAGCCGCUGGUAUAGACCCUAGGGACAUUCUCGAGGCAGGCUCCGAGAAUAGCUCCGCAUCAUUAGUCAAGCGCGGCUACUCUGGCAGAGCCACGUACUACGAAGCUGGUCUUGGUGCCUGUGGCAGAACAAACAGCGGCAGUGAUUUCAUCGUUGCCGUCAACCCAGCUCAAUGGGCAGGUGGCUCAAACUGCUUCAAGACCAUCACAAUCAGCGUUGGCGGAAAGUCUAGGACAGCUCAGAUCACAGAUCUCUGUCCUGGCUGUCCCCCGGGUGCGCUAGAUCUCUCGCAAGGUCUCUUCACCCAAUUCGCCGACACCUCGGCCGGCGUCUUUCAAAUGUCUUGGUCGUUUGGAGAUGGUGCACAGCCCACCACCACGAGUCGUACGAGCACGACGCCCAAGUCCACGUCGACCAAGCCUUCUUCAACCACCUCUCAAAGCUCCACACGCACGACGAGCUCCUCCACAAGCACCACCAGCACCACUUCCCAGAGCUCAAGCUCGCAGACUUCAAGCUCGACGUCUUCGUCCGCAACUACAAGCAGUACGGCACCUGCUGCUGGUGACAGCGGUGUGUUCGACGGCUUGUCAAAGAUCAUGUCUGGCAUGCUCGGACUCGCAGGUGCUGGACAGUCGUUCGCAGACGGAGCUCCACCUGCGCCUGCUCCUGCGGCCAGUGUUCAAGAAGAUCCUAGCGCUGCCCAACCAAGCUCAGCCUGA